AUGAAGAUGUACCAGCAGAAAAAAAUCAAAGGAUUUUUUAAUGAAAAUGCAUAUGCUAUAUGUAGUUUAGCAAUGCAUCCAGCAAAUCCAACAUCAACUUAUUAUACAAUUAAUGGUGGAAUUAUAUUUGAUAAAUAUUUAGAUAACAAUAUGGAUGAUGAACAACAUUUAACAAUACUUAAACAAAUAUCAUUAGUUGAACCAAAAAAAAGCAAUUAA